AAGUUGUAGCGCAUGCGCUUUAUUUUGUCCAUGGGUGCCGUAUAGUGGAAGAAGAUAACCAAAAAAAGAGCUAACUCGUGGUGGUUUGUAGUGCUUUUUGUAAGAAAAUACUUCUUCAUAAACGAUUGUAAAAAAUGGGCAAUGUUCAUGCAGCAUCUGCACCUCCUCCACCGCUACCACCAACUUCCUUAACUCCUGAAUUACCAACAAGCUUAGCUAAAAUAGAUUCUGUCUCUUCUAAAGAAUCAUUUAAAUUACAAAAUCCAGGAACUAUUGAGGAUUUAAAUAAAAAAUGUCGAGAUGUAUUUCCAGUUAAUUUUGAAGGGGCCAAGUUGAUGUUAAACAAAGGUCUCAGUAAUCAUUUUCAAAUAUCUCAUACUAUAAAUAUGAGUUCUGCAACACCGUCUGGUUAUAGAUUUGGAGCCACAUACGUUGGUACAAAACAAACAUCACCAACAGAAGCAUUUCCAGUUUUAUUGGGUGACAUUGAUCCAAGUGGGAAUCUUAAUGCAAAUAUUGUACAUCAAUUUGGCUCGAGAAUUAGAGCAAAAAUGGCAACUCAAGUUCAAAAAAAUAAAUACACAGCUGUACAAAUGUCGUCUGAUUAUCGUGCCGACACAUAUACUGUUUCAUUAACGAUAGGAAAUCCUGAUGUUAUCAAUUCUUCUGGUGUGGCAGUUUUACACUAUUUGCAAAGUAUAACACCAUCAUUGGCUUUGGGUGGUGAGCUUGUUUAUCAAAAAUCACAAACAAUACCAGGAGGAUCGCUUGCUGUACUUUCAGCUGCUGGUAUUUAUACACAAGGCGAUUCAACAGUUAGUGGAAGUUUAAGUAUGGGUGGAUGUCAUCUUUGUUUUCAUCAAAAAGCAAGCGAUCAAGUGCAAGUUGGAGUUGAACUUGAAAUUAAUACAAGAAUAUCUGAAUGUGUAACUACAAUUGGCUAUCAAGUUGAUCUUCCAAAGGCUGAUAUUGUUUUUAAAGGAAGCGUUGAUUCCAAUUGGAAUGUUGGAGCAGUGCUGGAAAAGAAAUUACAGCCUCUUCCAUUUUCAUUUGCAUUAAGUGGCGUUAUUAAUCACAAUAAAGCAAUGUUCAGACUUGGAUGCGGAUUAAUAAUCGGAUAAAGAUAAAAAUUGCUCCAUUUUUUUGGGGGAUAGUUCAUUGUUUUUCAAAAAAAAAAAAAAAAGAAUAAAACCAUUUGCAGUAGUUACAUCACUUUUUGGAAGAUGCAACUAUAGGAUCUUUUUUUACCAUCAUUCGACAUUUGCUCACUGCCUAUUUUUUCUGAAUAGUCAUUUUUUUUUUACUACCAAAAAGCAAUUUUUUUUUUAAAUAGAUAUCUAAAUAAAUAUUCAAGGAACAUUAAUUAGGAAAAAAUAAUGAGAUGUAAAUAUCAAUAUGCAAAAUUCAAUAAUUUGGAUUUUCAAAAAAAAGGAAUAGCGUUGAAAUACUUUUUUUUUAUAAAUAUUUUUUAAUUAAGACAAACGACAAGUGGUGAUGACAAAUUGUUGAGAAAUGUUUUAUUUUACAAGAUAGACAUUCAAAUUAAAGAAAAGUAAUAAAUGCAUUUAUUAUAAGGUGGUGAAAUAUUUCCAAAUGCACAUUAGAAAAAGAAACAUACAAUGUUCUGUAAAUUGUUUUCUUUUUCUAAAUGUGCUGUGAAAUAAAAAUGUUUUUUUUAAAACAUACAAUUUGUAUGUAAUAUGAAAGCAUGAACAAAAAAGAAAAAAAAAUUGAGAGAAUAUACAAAAAUGUAAUAUAUAUAUAUUAUGUACGAUAAAUAUUUAAAUUGUAUGUGAAAAUUAAUUAAUAUAGAAUGCAUUUAUUUUGCUUUUUAUUAUGUUUGCGUACAUAUUAUAUAAAUAUAAUAAUAAUCGACUGGUUUGAAUUGAAUUGCAAUUGCAAUUAAUUCAGAAUUCAAUUAAAAAAUUUUUAGAAAAUAAAGAGAACAUUUCAAAGAAUGAUA